GGCGUUCCAUAUUCCAAUAAAGAGACUGUUUACUUCCGUGAAUAUUUCUUGGGGGAGACUGAAUUUCAAUUAUAACAGGGAGAACGUUUGCUAGUUUAAGCAUGCCUUUCUUGGGCCAGGACUGGAGGUCGCCAGGAUGGAGUUGGAUAAAGACCGAAGACGGAUGGAAGCGUUUCGAGUUUUAUGACCAUGAUUUGGGAGACAACAAUAACGAACUUGAUUUGGAAGACAGGCUGCAGGAGGAAAAUAAAGAGAACCUCUUUGUUGGAGAUGUCUGCGAAGUAGGCACCAAAAAGAGGAAAAAAGAUUUUUUCAACAACAACACCAAAUCACAGUUUUUCUAUCAAGAGAAGUGGAUCUAUGUUCAGAAGGAAAGCACUAGAGAAAGACAUGGUUACUGUACAUUAGGAGAGGCCUUUAACCGUCUGGAUUUUUCCAGUGCUAUACAAGACACCCGGAGGUUCAACUAUGUGGUGAAACUGCUGCAGCUGAUAACAAAGUCUCAGCUGACAUCGCUGAGUGGAGCAGCUCAGAAGAACUACUUCAACGUCCUGGAGAAGAUCGUUAAAAAGGUACUUGAAGACCAACAGAACCCUCGACUUAUCAAAGACCUCCUCCAGGACCUGAGCUCCACUCUCUGUAUCUUAAUUCGGGAAGUUGGGAAAUCUGUGCUGGUGGGGAACAUCAAUAUCUGGGUCUGUAGACUAGAGACCAUUCUCAACUGGCAACAGCAACUCGACAACCUUCAGAUCCCUAAGCAAAUGGCCAAUGGUGUGACACUUAGCGACCUUCCGCUGCACAUGCAGAAUAACAUCCUGUACAAGUUCACAGAUGCCUGGGACAUCAUCAACCUGGGACAGACCACGCCUACUCUGCACAUGCUCAGUGAGGACCGGCAGCUGUGGAAGAAACUCUGUCAGUUUCACUUUGCGGAGAAACAGUUCUGUAGACAUUUAAUUCUGUCCGAGAAGGGCCUCGUUGACUGGAAGCUGAUGUACUUCACCCUACAGAAGUAUUACCCUAAACGAGAGCAGUAUGGGGACACACUGCACUUCUGCAGACACUGUAGCAUUCUCUUCUGGAAGGACUGCCAUCUGGCUUUGUUAUUCAAGGAUUCUGGGCACCCCUGCACAGCCAAUGAUCCAGACAACUGCUUCACGCCCAUCUCUCCACAACACUUCAUUGACCUCUUCAAGUUUUAGACCAUGCUAAUCCGUCUGUUGAUUUUUGCAGAGGGGAAACGCGUUUCUUCACCUGCUCUACGCACAAUGGUUUUCACUUUGCCUAAAUACAAAAGGGCUCAGAAAAAAUGUUUUCCUUCCCCACACACUAUAUAAAAUGAAGGAAUAAUACAAGUAAUGUUAGAAAAAAAGAAAGGGAUGAUUGUUGUAGCAAGUCGAGAAAUUGUCAGGGGAUGGUGUCUAAACCACUGUGGGACUUUGAGUACUUAUCGAAUCAUGAGCAACGUCAUUUGAAAAGGACACAAGUGCUAAUUUUGGAGGUUAACGAGAAAGAUGUAUUUCUGAUGAUUCUACGGUCUGUCAGUUGUCUAUGACUUUAUUCUCAUUUUGUAAUGGAAUGCACAUCAUGAGUAGAAUUGUAGGUCUCUAUCCUCUGUGUUUUGUGUAUCUGGCUGUGCUGUGCAAAUGUCUUGAGGAAUUGACACUUAAGUGUAAAUUUGAGGUCACUGUAUAACCAGACUUUUUACAAAACUGUUGGCUGUUUUGAGAUGUAAACAGUACUAUUUAUGAAAUGUAUUUUGUAUUCUUUCUUUGAAUUUUGUAAUAUUACUUUAUCAUUCCAAUAACUUAUACAUGUAGUUGUAUGAAUGACCUAAACAAUUGGUACUCAGAAAUUUGCUAGGACUGUGACCAAAUGUAAUAAAAAAAGAAAGAAAUGCA